CGCCCAGCUCCUCCCCCAACUUUUUCCGACCCUACGGUUGACCCCCAACGCUCCUUUGAUCGGACCCCGAUUUGAUCUGACUUCGCCUGGACUGGCACCGCAAGAGACACCACAGUCACCCAGUCACACCAACCAAGACUGCAAUCCAGGACAAUCCCCAAUCCUCCGAUCCGGCCAGGCCGUCCAGCAGUCUGCUUCCUCCCCCUCCUCCUCUCCUCCUUUCGAAUAACCCCCUCCUGCCUCGGCCAUCAACAGAGGUCUGAAAGCAGCGCUCCGUCGAGAAACAUGUCUUCCUCAGCCGCCGCCUUCUCCCGGGCAUCCCGCCCGCUCUUCUCCUCCGCCUCCGCCGCUGCCCAGACCCGACAGGCCUUCUCUCGCGCCUUCCGCACCCAGCAGCGACAACAAUGCGGCCGCAGGUGGCAGUCCACCGCCAGCGCUGAGCAGCAGGCCGCCGCCCAGGUCGGCUGGUUCAAGCGCAUGUGGGACAGCCCCAUCGGCCUCAAGACGGUGCACUUCUGGGCCCCCGUCAUGAAGUGGGCUCUCGUCCUCGCCGGUGUCGCCGACUUCGCCCGCCCGGCCGAGAAGCUCUCCCUGCAGCAGAACGGCGCCCUGACCGCCACCGGCAUCAUCUGGACCCGCUGGUGCCUCAUCAUCAAGCCCAAGAACUACCUGCUCGCCGCCGUCAACUUCUUCCUCGGCCUUGUCGGGGUCGUCCAGGUCUCCCGCAUCCUGAUGUGGCGCAACAGCCAGAAGGGCAACACCACCGUCGCCGACGCCGCUGUCGAGGUCAAGGACGAGGUCAAGGAGGCUGUCAAGAGUGCCUAGGAGGGUCGCCAAGUCUGCGGUGCGGGUGGGGCCGGAGGAGGAAGCACUGGUGGUGGCAGUGGCCAGGAUGCGCAUGAUGAUGGCCCGCUGUUCGACGUGGCGCGUGGCCCCUAGUGGUUGGGCAGGUGACUCGUGUGUCUGGCGGGCUGCCGAGUACCUUUCCGGCGUGGAGGAUUCUCCAAGAUGUCUUCAAUGGGGAGCUAGAGGAUAGAUAGGGGGUCAAGCCUCUGUUCUGUUUUUGGUCCAGGGGUCCUUCAGGGGCCGCCAUGGGGUGGACAGCGCACUGGGUUUGCCCAAGAGUGGCGCGGUGCGACUUCCUGGAUAUACAAUUAGCAAGUACGAAGCUGCAGGCAUGGCCUCUUGUGCGUCUCUAUCUUUAGAGAGCUUGGUAUAUAGAGCAUGCUCUACGUAUGACACCAUCGGGCUAUGAACCGGCAUGAGCACACAAAUUCACACAAAUUCACCCCCGGUCACAGCUGGAAGCACUCGAGGGCACAUUGCCAUCUCUUUCCCGAGCGCUGUUGACCGUCAGAGACCCAACGCGCGCUCGUACUCAGACUGUGCGGUCCCACUACAACAGUUGCUGUCCACGAGCUCUUGUUCUGCGCUCUAUUCCGCGCCUAGCUGUCACUCCAAGCACGAAGCACGAUCAAUAAUCAGAGAAC